UAGGCAGGCCAGAACGACUCGGGAAGACGUCCGUUUCUGUGGAGCUAAACUACAAAAUACUCGAGUGUGGUGUUUGUUCUUCAGUUACGAAUUCCGGAUGGUGUAGGAGUAGAAGACAGGUCAAGAUGGUGUCUAUCUGGAAUCAUUUCUCGACGACGCUGAAACUAAGGGCGCCACUUUUCGCCUUUCUUCUCUUUUUUGUCGCCUCUCUUGGCGACGCCAGACUGCAAAGCGCACGAAGCGCCCGAGCCUCGACGGAGGAAGCGGUAGAAACUUAUGGCAAAUACUACAAUUAUGUUGAACUAACAGAACGUUUGCAAUCAUUAGCCCAGAAAUAUCCUCACAUAGCUAACCUGUCGAGUAUAGGACAGUCCGUGGAGGGCAGGCAGCUGUGGGUGAUGCGGGUUACCAAGGACCCCAACACGGACACACCGGGGAAACCUAAAUUUAAAUACGUUGGGAACAUGCACGGCGACGAAACCGUGUCCAGACAGGUGCUGGUUUACCUCGUGGAGUACCUGCUGACUAAAUACGGGGAGGAAGAGCGCAUCACUGAGCUGGUGAACGGGACGGAUAUUUACAUUAUGCCCAGCAUGAAUCCCGACGGCUUUGAGAAGUCCAUAGAGGGGGACUGCAAUAGUGAAAACGGUCGAAGUAAUGCCAAAAAUAAGGACCUAAACAGAAGCUUUCCUGAUCAGUUUGACGGAAAGACCGCGGAUCCAGAUAGUAUCCCCGAGGUGAUGGCUGUGAUCAGAUGGAUCCAGGAGCAAAAAUUUGUGCUGUCAGGGAAUCUACAUGGUGGCACUGUGGUCGCCAGUUACCCUUUUGAUGACUCAGCCUCCCAUAAGCAGGAAGGUCAGUACAGCGAGUCAGCGGACGAUGGUCUGUUUCGCCACUUGGCCCUGGUAUAUUCCCAGAACCACCCUGUGAUGAAGACUGGUGCGCCUAACUGUCCUGAUACCCCAGAGGAAACCUUUAAAGAUGGCAUUACUAAUGGAGCACAGUGGUACGACGUACCUGGAGGGAUGCAAGACUACAACUACCUUUAUGGAAACUGUCUGGAAAUCACAAUAGAGCUGAGCUGCUGCAAAUAUCCUUUUGCUUCUGAGCUCCAUAGGGAAUGGAAUUUAAACAAGGAAUCCCUGCUAGCCUACAUAGAACAGGUGCACAUCGGUGUUCGUGGCUUUGUGAAGGACGCAGUUAGUGGUGCUGGCCUCAGCAAUGUGAGCAUUGUGGUAGCAGGCAUCCGCCACAACCUGAUGACAGGAAAAUACGGGGACUACUACCGCCUUCUGCUACCUGGAAUAUACAACAUUACAGCUGUGGCACCAGGCUACAUAUCAGUGUCGGUCAGCGGUGUCCAGGUCACGGACGGCAAAGCAGAAGAACUUAACUUUACCUUGGCACCUGUGGUUAGUGAGGCAGCAGGUAACACCACUGUGACUACAACCUCAGUGCUGUCCAUCAACCAUCCAAACAAUUCCACUACCAGCUCUUUGGACUCCACCCAGACUGUGGUGGUUCCUUCUGUUUCUCCAACUUCACACCAGCCCAUCCAGCCGCAGGAAUUCCGUCACCACAACUAUGCAGAUAUGGAGCUGUUCCUGCGGAAGUACAGCAGCGAGUUUCCUUCUAUUACCCAUGUCUACUCUGUUGGCCAUUCUGUGGAUGGCCGUGAGCUGUAUGUGAUGGUCAUCUCAAAUAACCCUAAAGCUCAUGAGCAUGGUGAGCCAGAAUUUAAGUAUGUGGCCAACAUGCACGGCAAUGAAGUGGUGGGUCGAGAGUUAAUGCUCAACCUCAUAGAGUAUCUGUGUCGGAACUAUGGUACCGACCCGGAGGUCACUCAGUUGGUCAACAGCACGCGCAUUCACAUCAUGCCUUCGAUGAACCCCGAUGGCUACGAGGUAGCUGAUGAAGGCGAUAAAAAGGGCUACAAAGGGCGCAACAACACCAACAAUUAUGACCUGAAUCGCAACUUUCCCGAUCAGUUUGUCAACAUCACAGAACCCAGACAGCCAGAGACCACUGCUGUGAUAAACUGGCUGAAGAGUAUCCCUUUCGUCCUGUCAGCCAACCUCCAUGGAGGGUCCUUGGUGGUCAACUAUCCCUUUGAUGAUGGCAAAAAUGGGAAUAGUUAUUAUAGCAAGUCACCUGAUGAUGAGGUCUUUCAGCAGGUCUCUAGAGCCUACUCUCAGGAAAAUCCUCUGAUGCACAAAGGACACCCUUGUGAGGAGCUGUACCCCGAUGAAUAUUUUAAGGAUGGCAUAACCAACGGUGCCCAGUGGUACAGUGUUCCCGGUGGCAUGCAAGACUGGAAUUACAUGAACACCAACUGUUUUGAGGUGACCAUCGAGCUGGGCUGUGUCAAAUAUCCUCUUGCCAAGGAUCUACCAAAAUACUGGGAACAAAACCAGCGAGCCUUGCUUCAGUUUAUACAUCAGGUUCACACUGGAGUGAAGGGCACAGUUUCAGAUAUUGGGGAUGGUACAGGAAUUCCUAAUGCCACCAUUAGUGUGGAGAAGAUAAACCACAACAUCACUACAGCUCAUACUGGAGACUACUGGAGAUUGCUGGUCCCUGGGACUUAUUCUAUCACUGCCUCUGCCCAUGGUUAUAAGGCUGUGACGAUCUACGCCACGGUCUCAAAGGAUCGAGUUGAGGUGGUGGACUUCAGACUGACACCUUUGCGCUCAGAGAGCAAUGGCCAGUCUUUCAGAGGCUUCCGAACCACACAGAACCCAAUCGAAAGGGUGUUUCAGAGCUUAAUCAAGGAGCUCUCUCUAGGCCAGGGUUUGGAGGAGUUAGUCAGGAGCACAGCCACAGAGAGCAACUUCCGCUACCGACCCUCCAAAGAGAUGUCGGCCUUCUUAAGAGGCCUCACGCUUAAUUUUCCCAAAAUUACAGUUUUACACAGCCUGGGCCAGAGUGUGGAGUUCAGGACCAUAUGGGCUUUGGAAAUCUCCAACAAACCUGGAGAAUCUGAACCAUAUGAGCCAAAGAUUCGCUUUGUAGCAGGGAUCCAUGGCAAUGCACCAGUGGGGACAGAGCUGCUGUUGGAGUUUGCUGCCUUCCUGUGCAUCAACUAUGGCAAGAACCCAGCCAUCACCAGGCUGAUCAACGAGACCCGGAUUUUCAUUGUUCCUUCUGUCAACCCUGACGGACGAGAACAGGCUGUUGAGAAGCAGUGCAAAUCCCCUCAGGGCCUGGCCAAUGCUAAUGGCAAGGAUCUGGACACAGACUUCUUUGGCAAUGCAUCCCAGCGUUUGGUCGAAGCCCAACCUGAGACCAGAGCGAUGAUGAACUUUAUUCAAAACCAGCGUUUCACUCUGUCUGUAGCCCUUGAUGGAGGCGCCCUUGUUGCCACCUACCCUUAUGACAAGCCUGUCCAGACUGUUGAGAAUGAAGGCACCUCAAAGUAUUUGGCAAGUGUUUAUGCCAACAAUCACCCUAAAAUGCACCUUGGGGACACGGAGUGUCCAAAUAAUGGGCAGAGCAACAUUCCAGAUGGAGUUAUGAGAGCAGCAGAGAGACAAAGUCACCUGGGAAGCAUGAAAGACUUCAGUAUGGACUUUGGCCAUUGUCCAGAAAUCACAGUGUACACUGGCUGCUGUCUGUUCCCUCCAGCUAAGCAGCUGGCCACACUCUGGACUGAGAACAAGAAGUCUCUGCUAAGCAUGUUGGUGGAGGUCCAUAAAGGGGUGCGAGGCAUAGUGAGGGACAAGAGUGGAAAGCCUAUUGUUGGGGCGAUCGUUGUACUGAAUGGAGGAGUGAGACUGUUUACUGGAGAAGGCGGCUACUUCCAUGCACUGCUGGCUCAGGGCAGUCACAGUAUUGAAGCAGUUGCCGAAGGCUACCAGCGGCAGCGUCAAAAGGUUGUGGUAUCUUCGACUGAAGCUGCUACCUUCAUCAUCAUUGAGUUUGACAUGGACAACAACAUCUUUGGCCUGCCCAGGGAGUUUGUCGUGGCCAGUGCAGCUGCUUCCAUGACAGCACUGGUGGUAACUGCGUGCAUCAUCUGGUGUGUGUGCGUAGCCAAGUCUAAUCGUCAAAAAGAUGGCUUCCACCGUUUGCGACAGCACAGAGAUGAUUAUGACGACGAGGUCUGGCUCACCUCUAUGGGCUCCAAGAAGUCGCUGCUCGCCCAUGAGUUUCAGGACGAAAGCGAAAGCGAUGAGGAGACUUUAUAUGCCAACAAAAUCUGAGAAACACUGCACCAGUUUGAUGGCUCAGUGUUUUAUUUUGAGCUCACCCCUCUCCCCCAAAGAUCAAACGCCUUGAACUCAGCGUCUCUUUCUUUGUGGCUGAUUCAAGAGUGAUUGAGACAGUUUCUAUUAGAUCAGUAUAUUCUGAGGACUUUCUCCCUGUCGUUCAGUCAUUGCUACUAAAUUAAUAAAUCCUGUUUGGAUUGCAGGGCCAGUUUUUUUCUCCCCCAACCCCUCCCACCCUGCAGCAUCUCUGAUUGACUUGUUCAACUAAUGGAGAGAGGAAGAAAUUAUCAAAAGAAGGGUAAAGAAAGGGGUUCACUCUAUUGUCCUCAUCCAACCUUUAUAUCAGCAGCUUUACUUUUUUUUUUUUUUUUUUUUUUUUUUUUUUUCCCCGAGCCAUUUAAGAAUCCUCCAAGACAACUAUGUAUCCUGCCUGGCUGAGACAUCAAGCCGAAAAGUCCAAAUGAACUUUAAAAGUGCUUUAUCUCCCUUAUUUCUCCUCACUGAUGUCUGUCACCACCAUGUAUUUAUUUUAAAACUACUUUGAAUUAGAAAGUAGGUUAUUUCUGCGUGUCCAAGCCUUUGGGAGACUGAAUCCAGUAGUGUGCCUUGGCUUCUAUAAAGUUUACAGUCCCAGUCAGGCUGUAAUGUGUGGCAGAAAGUAACCAUGAAAACCUAAUACUGGAAUUUGAUCCAUCCUAUACUCAGGUGGUGUGAAAGAAAAACUUUUUUUUUUUUUUCUUUUUCUCCUUCCUGCUGCAAAGAUGACCUGGAUGGCUGACCUGGAUUCAGUGGCUUUUGAGUUUUUUCAGUUUGUCAGUGUUGUGGACAAAAUUGCUUUGGGUGCAGUCCUGUUCAAAGCAUCAGGGAGAAUGUGUUACCAGGCUUGAAUGAAAGGUUUCCCAGCUAGUGGAGUGCAGAUCGAUGCGUGCCUGGAGGCCAUUUGCACUAAUUGGAAAGUAAAAAUCAUCCCUCAUUAUUGGCCAUGAAAAACAAUAAAUCUUAAAAUCUGUAAUUGUUAAAAGAAUGUAUUUUUAUUUUUUUGUUUUAAUAUCUUUGAUUGUAAGAUAAUUUGUUUGUAUAUGGAAAGUUAUUUCUGGCUUUUUUGGCUGUCAUAUUUUGAUCACAGAUCACCACAUCUCGAAUCUGUCACUAUAGUUUGUUUUUUUUCAUCUGAAUGUUUGCCCCCCCCCCCCCCUUUUUUUUAACUUAAUAUUUUGAUCACAGAAUGAAAACCAGGUUUGUCUGUUAAUGACUGAUGUAUAAGAACAAACCCCUAUGCUACACCAUAUAAAGGUUUUAUAUUUUCCUGCCUUAUUUUAAAUUGGAUGGCAAACAAUGUACCUCAUGAUCCAGUUGAUAAUGAGAUUGGAUGAAGUUGUGAAAUGGUGCAAGAUAAAGAUUCACCUUGUGCUGGUAGUUCUGUGCUCUAGGAUCUAAAUCCAUUUGUUACUGUGAGGAAUAGUGACAGCUGGGAUAGGACCUGGCCCUGGCAGGAUGGUUUCAAAUCACCACACUGGAUCAUUGAUAAAAGAUUGGAAAUUCACUGUGAUUUCAUCACAUGCAGUAGUUUAAAGCAAUAUAUACUUAUUCUCUAAAGAAUUUGCCCUGAUUUUUAGUUCCUUUGAGAAAAGAUUUCUUGACAUCUGUGUAGGCAGAUACUUUUGUACAUUUUUUUUUUUUUUAAACUCUGUUAAUGUGUGUAUGACUUUUUGAAAGUUGCGUGCGUGCCACUGUCAGGUGGUUUGGUGUGAACAUUUUAUAUGAACUGGAUUCGACUGUAAAUAAUGUUGGCAGUUGUAAAGAGGUGUGGGGAGGUGCAUCUCAUGUUAACUAUGAGUCUACACACAAAACAUUUAAUAAAAUCCUCUUUGUGAUGUGUGCAAAAACAACACAAUGAAAUAAAGCUUCUCACAACA